CCGUAAAAGGCGUAGGCUUAGGGACUGAGAGUGCCAACCUCUAUAAGACUCCAUGCCCUCCUCUGCCCCACACACUACUCCGACAUCCUCUCUCAGACACACACUGCUCUAAAGACACUGACUACUCUUCAGAGACAUGUCUUUCCUCUCAGGCAUUUUGGGCGACUCGGCUGACAAAUAUGUGGACCAGGCAGUGGAUACGGCAGGUGAGUCUUGAGGGGGAGAUGGGGGAAAGGGGGGAGGAGAUGGGGUUGUGAGGAGAAGGGGAGUAGAGGGUGACGCACAGCUGGAACAGCUUUGUCUUACUUUUGUUCUGCGUGAUUAUUUUAUGUGGAGCGUUUCACUGUCCUACUUUGCCUGGAGUGAGGCUGGCAGCAGCUGGAAAUGAUUAAACAUAGAUACAUUUCACUUUCCUCUAAACAUACACUUUUACACACAAACAUAUAACUGACAUUUACUUUUAAAACUCAGCAUCCUUUGGUAUAAGUUGGGCCUCUGUCAUACAAAACUUGGCAUUUAAGGGUGGUUGCUAGGCUUGGACAGACCUGACUUGUUUUUGUAAUUUUUUCCACUGCCUUGGCCUCUGUGCUAAGAUCAGCGUAUAAAAAAACAGUAGCUCACUUUGACUCAGCUCAGUGACAUUCCUCUUUCAGCUGCAGUAAGUAAUGAUCCGGCCUUGUCUUUUAAAACCAUCUCUCCUCUAAACUCUUUGUAAACAUGUCAGCACACUUUGAAUUGAUCUGAGCCUCGCUUUUCACAGUUUCUCAUUCACUCUAAUUAGAUGUUAGAGAGAAAGUGAGAUAAAUCCUUUAGGAUUUGACUGGUAACUGGAACCUAGGCAUUAGCAUCAACUUGUGCUGAUUAAUCAUGUCAUUUAUGGACAGCUCAUGAUGGGAAGCAUACAAAUGCAAUAUAUGGCAUUUGUCUUUUAGAAAUGUAUUGUAAACUAGGCCACAAUUGUUCAUUUAUACAUAUCCUGUUUGUUAAAUUCGCAUAUCCUUGAAACUAGCUGCAUUAGUGUAAUUACCUAGAUGUUAACAACAUGUAGGCCUAAGAAGUGUUUGCUUGUAAUGUCUGACAAUGCUGUCAGUUCACUAUGUACAACUACACUCAUAGAAGGUAAACGUGAAUUUGGCAUCUGGCACCAAAUAAAUAAAACCACAGAUGUAUUUUAUGUCGUACACUGUUGCUUUCUCUGAAAUACCUUCAAAUACGAUAUCAGUUUAUUCAACUUCAAAACCCAGUAGAGGGGUGUCAUUACAAUAAUAAUAAUCUCCUUUUAGUUUAAUGCAUCAUAUGUUUCUGGUCAGAUUUCUAAACAGUUUACUUGGUGAUGUUUUGCAGCUAAAGUUGCCAAAGAGAAGGUGAAGGGCAUGCUUGGAGGGGAUGAUUCAAAGAAGGAGGAGUCCAGCGGGGGCAACAGUGGGGGUAUUGGAGGAUUAUUUGGAGGAUCAAAGGAUGACGACAAGGGCAAAGACAAAGAGGGAGGCGGCUUCGGAAGUCUCUUCUCUGGCAAGGAUGAGAAAGAAGAGUCAAGUAGAGGAGCAGGUGGGGCCGGAGGAGGUGACAGAGGUAAAUCAACCUACAUUUGGUAAUAAAUAAAUACCCUACAUUACAUAGUACAAUAAAGUACUAAAUACAUAGUAUUAUGAAGUACAAACCUCAUGUAUCCUAUUCAGGUGUGCCUUUGCAUGUUGUAUUUCCUGUAUAUUCUCCACAUGAAGCAAGGGGAACUGCCCCUCCCUUGCUUAAGGCUACUAAAAGUCAAUUUAGAAAAACUCCUCGCUUAAGGCCACGAAAAGUCCAUUUAGAAAAAGCUGUAUCCCUUCUAGACAAAUGUGAGGAGUACUGAGGAUACAAAGAGGCAGGACGCAGACGCAGGAAUCAACAAUGUAAAGGUUUACUUAACACUGAGCAAGAGAACAACAAAGAGUGAGUACACGACAUGACACUAACAAUCACAACACUGAACAGUCCAGGUCUAUAUAGGGGUGGUGAUGAGGCGCAGGUGCACUGGAGGUGAUUAGGGUGUUUUGGGUUUCCAUUUCGGUGUUACCGAGGUGGUGCGCUCAGACCGGUGGCUCAGUAGACGGGUGGCUCAGUAGACGGGUGAAUCAGAGCGCCGGAGGGGAGCAACGGGAGAAGACGUGACAACAAAACCCUGUCAAAGCUCUUCUCUGCCCAGGCACCCAAAUAGUGGAAAAAGCUUUCCCCUAAUGUCAGGACCAAUGAUGUGUAUAAACCCUGGACUGCUGAUGUUACAGUAUGUAUUGGCCAAUGAGAGGCUUUGAAGCCACCAGCCGCCACAUUGGUAACCCUCAUUAGGAGCAGUCCUCCAUCCAUAGGAAUGAAUGGAAUUCUACAGUAUUUCAAUAAAAUGUUUCAAGGACAAAAUGACAUGUAUUUAAGUAUUUAUUUGUUGUAGUGCGGACAAUAACAUUAGUACUCUCUAAAAUGAAAUGUUUUUAUAUAUUAUGUUUAUGUUCAGUUGACAUAAUAUAAUUUAAAAGUAUAGUAUGCAUUAAGGUGUCUUAUCAAAAAAGUUCAAAAGUACAAAAUGGCUGCGUGUCGGCUUCCCCCUGCCUGUCAUCUACGUUUAAUACAUAUCAUUGGUCAGGAAGGACAACAGAGUCCCUGCCCAUCUUCCGAAAACAUCUGAAAACCUAGGUCUCCGCCCUUGCCCCUCUUGCACUAACACUCGCACUUGUCUUUUCUUACUAGCAUUGACUUUGCAUUUAGCUGCUGCUUUAUUGAGGAAAAAUGUACUUACUAUAGCCAGGUUUCCAUCCAACCUUUUUAUGCGAGUAAAGUAGGCUACAUGUCGGAUAAAAAAUGUCAGGACAGCCCUGAUGGAAAUUUUUGUCGGUAAACUUUACAAAUGUCGCCAUAACAAAAUAUGCUAGUCAAUGUGGUAUCUUUUUGUGUAGGUAAAAUUAAUUAUGCGAGAAAUGGCAAUGGAAAUGCCUUUAUGCGCAACUAUAGAUAUAAUAACCAUCAUAUCGAUCGAAGUAAAUUUGGAGUCACGCGAUGAUAUGUUGUGUGGUCCUCCCACUAUGACUCAGGAAAGAAUGCAGUUUACAGAUUAAAUAAAUGAUAAACUUCUGAAGGUGGUGAAAGUGCACGCGGUGAUUGACGUUCCUUUCCAAUAAAUAUCGAGGGUCUUAUUCUAGAGACAUAAUGGUCGAUGCUUGGCUACCUUUUUGACAAAUACGAAUAAUCUCGUUCUUUUGUCCAUAAUAAUCUCUUAAUGUAGGCUAUCCUACCCGCACUGCAUCUGCGAGCUGUUGGCUAGAGCGCACGUGCCAAAACCAGAGUGGGCACAUUCACAAUAUAAGCUUUUUUUUUUCUUUUUUUACAAAAUCAUCAGUAGAGUAGAAAAUGUGAUGGAAACCGAUUUAACUUGUAUCCUUUAUUCGGUACAUGUGAGUUUAACCGCGAAAGUUAUUUUUGUGUGCACUGUCAUCAAACAGGCUUUUAUCCGCAACAGGUCAAUUUGAUGGAAAUACAUUUCUGGUGUGAAAAUGCACUCAGGCCCAUUGUUUUUAUGCAGAUUUUAGAAUGUUCAGCAUGAAAAUCUGUCGCCAAUUGGAUGGAAACCUAGUUUGAGACCGUGAUAUAUGGUUGUGUCACCUAGCUAAAUCGCUCUGGAUAAGAGAUUCUGCUAAAUGACUCAAAUGUAAAUAGAUUGUCUGAUAGAAGCUUUGCAGCUGUUUUUGCUGUUGCUGUUUAGAGACAAUAAUGAAUGUUGAGCUCCAUCUGUAACCUCACCACCUCUGAUCAUUUUUAUCUAUAAACUCUACAAUUCUUAUAAACUCUGUUUAUCCUUCAGACCUGACAGACACACUGGGAGACAUUGCAGGAGAGAUGUCUGGCGAGCGUGAUGGCAAAUCUAAGGACAACAGCGCCGCAGACCAAGUGCUGUCAUUUGGGAAAAGUCUCUUCAGCUGAGUCAGACUUUGAAGCGGGUUCACUUCCUCUCAUUGUCAGUCUGACAGACCUCUGGUUAUAGCCUAUUAAUAAUAUGAUUUUACCGUCAUAACCUAUUACUGCAACUACAGUACAUUGUGUAAUGUUAAUGUUAUGUAUUAUAUUUGAAAAGUAAAUAAAAAUGUUUAUUCCAAAAGUCUAUGUUGAGCAGGCUAAUGUUGGAUGAAAUAGGUACAGUGGGGAUUAUGCAACCAAUACCUAGCUAUUGAUAGACAAAAUAAACUGAAUUUACCCCAAUGGGAAAAUCUUUACAUACCCCAUGGGGAAUCAUGGUUUCUGGUUUGAAUCAAUAAAUAAAUC